ACCUAUUUUUUUCACACGAUUUAUAAUUUUUACAGAAAAAUGAAUUCCGAUAAUUUGGAUAAUGUAAAUCCUCGAACCUAUGAGGUGUCGGAACAGCGCGGAUUAACAGAUACAGAUCUGGACGAUUCCGUGAUUGAUCCGUUCGAUACAAGAGAGAUAUUCGAUCUUAUCAGAGAUAUUAACGAUCCAGAACAUCCUUUGACGCUGGAGCAGCUUAAUGUUGUUACUGAGGAACAGAUUGAUGUGAGUGAUGUAAAUAACAGUGUUCAUGUAAUGUUUACUCCAACUAUUCCACAUUGUAGUAUGGCAACUUUAAUAGGUUUAGCGAUCCGUGUGAAACUGUACAGAUCUCUACCACCCAGGUUCAAGGUUGAUGUUCAAAUCCGUCCUGGAACACACGCCAGUGAGGUCGCAGUCAAUAAACAGUUGGCAGACAAGGAAAGAGUUGCUGCAGCUUUGGAGAACGCCCAGCUUCUAGAGGUUGUGAAUCAAUGUUUGGACGCAAGAGAAUAGAAUAUAGCAUAUUACUACCGGAUAUAUAGACUAGAGGACUAGAUAAUAUCACUUUAUCUUCAGAAUUAAAAGAAAUUUACGGAUAUUUGAUUAAAGAAAUAGAUCCAUAAUAGUAUCUUGGAAAUGUUUAUAUUGUUUUCAGCACAACUCUUUUUUAUGUGCAUUUUUAUCUAUUCUUACAAAAGACAAGUUAUUGAGAAAACGAAUCCGAAUAUUUAAAAAGGCCAUUUCAUAUCUAAACUAUUAAGAUAUUUGUAAACAAUUAAUGAAAAGAAUUCCGAAUUUUUCAAAAAUAAA